AUGGCUUCCAAUUUGCUCCUCAGAAUAUCUAGGUGCGGGCUGGUACAACAUCGAGUGGUUUUAAAAGCUGCAAAUCGAUUACCAGGGACAUUACGUAAGGGAACUAUCAGCAGUGGCAUAAAUGGUCGUAACAGGAUUUCUGGUAGUUUCAGCAGUCCUGGUGCAUCUUUAAUGCAGCAUAUGUCCACGAAUGCGUCCGGAGAAAAGAAGGAUAAAUAUAUAAGUGGAAAAACUUUCAAGUUCAUCACGGAAAGAGACAGACUGCUAGCUCAAGCAACGGGCAUAUUCGAGAAAUUUAGAAUAAAUGUUAAAUGGAUACUUAAGAGAUCAAUGAGGCCGUUUAAUACGGAUGAUAUAAGUGCAUUCAUUUCCUGGGUGGUUUUAAGUAAUGUCGUGAUAAUUAUCUUAUGGACAACAACCUUCACGUCGUUACUGAUUUAUCUGAUGAACACUGUGUUCGCGCAAGAAUAUUUGGCUACCAAAGUUGGCAAUCUGUUGACGAAAAAUAGUGCAAUAUCCGUUAUAUUCGAAAGUGCAAUCGUACCAGAUUGGUCAUCGGGUAAAAUCUGCUUCAAUAAAGUUUUCAUAUCAAGAAGACCGAAGCUAUCGCAGAGUUUUACAAAAGGUACACAGAAAGAAGCUCUUCAAAGAACAGAAUUAGCAUUAAGCCAACGACUGCUAGUUAAUCGAGAAGAUUUCGAUGAUGGGAACUAUACACAGUACGAUUUAACUAUUGAUCAAGUCGAGAUUUCACUAAGCUUCACGAAAUGGUUAAACGGGAAGGGAAUACUUGACGAAGUAUCAAUUAAUGGAAUGAGAGGAGUGGUUGAUAGAACUCACGUUGUUUGGAAAUCUGAUGAUGAUCCAAGGAACUAUAAGAAUGUUCAUAAACCUGGUGACUUCGAGAUUUCCAAGUUUACUAUGAACGACGUGUUAUUCACGUUGUAUCAACCAAAUGGGUUCAGACCAUAUCUGGUAAGCAUAUUCAACUGUGAUUUGCCACAACUGAGGAAACAUUGGUUAUUUUAUGAUAUUUUGAAUGCCAAUAGCAUGAGUGGUACCUACGACAACUCUUUGUUCACCAUACACAGAAAGUUCAAUGUAGAUAGCUUUGUGCCGUCGUCAUUUCCCUCAUCCUCUUUCCUGUCAUCAUCGUUAUCAUCGUCAUCAUCGUCAUCAUCGUCAUCAUCGUCAUCAUCAUUAAAUGCGCAACAAGCAGAAUAUGGAUCCGCAUGGAAACGUGUUACCAGAUUCAGAGUUGAUAAUUUGAAUAUCGACCACUUAAAUGCGGGAAUGGAUGGACCAUUUGGAUGGAUUACAGAAGGCCAAGUGGAUAUGAUUGGUGAUGUUCUGCUUCCUGAUAAAGAGGCUGAUGCAUCGCAAUUAUCAGACAUUCUAACAGAAAUUGGUGAAAGACUCUUCAAAGAAGCUCAAAGGCAUUCGAUUUUACCAUCCCCCCUGCAAGAACCAGUUGCUUCCGAAAUUGAUCCCGAGAAAUACUUCAUCAUGGAUUUUUAUUUGAGAUUACACAAUGUCAAGGCUGAAGUACCACUUUUUACACCUGAGCUUGGCUACAUGAAUAAUGCAUUAAUACGACCCAUCGUAGGCUAUAUCAAUUCUACAAGGACAUAUAUACCUAUCAGGUGCCGUGUUGUGAAAAACAUAUCAGAUUUCGAAGGCUCGUGGACAAUCUACGACUGUCUACUCAUGAGGGAUCUAAGUGCCGAAAUUUACGACGCCUUCGCGGAUUAUGUUGCUGAUGACAAGAAAAGAUCUGUGCGCUUAAUGCGUGUUGGUUUUUGGUCCCUUCAAAUCAUCCUUCAGGUAAUAUUGAUGAGUCUAGGAGCCAUUGCGUGA